CAGAAGGAAGGAGCUGGGCACAAGGCGGCGGCAGUGCAUCUUCAGUGCUUAGCGGAGGACGGCAGCCGUUGCUCGCUACUGUCUCCACUUGUGAAGCCCUGCUACCACCGCUGUGGCACAUCGCUCUUGCAGAACAAACCAGAAUAAAAGCAGCACAGUUUCCGGGACCUUUCUAAGCUAGGGACUCGGUAUAAAAGUGAAUCCAGUGUGGGAGAUAACGAGGACAAACUACAAAACGGGAGCAAGACAAGAGGAAGACAGGAUGAAUCUCAAGAAUCAUGUCAUUUUCACCCUCUACACUAUUUACGGCAUUCUUCUUAAAGUGAUGGCUUCCAAAGGCAAAGUUCGAGGUGUCAGCGGUCAGUACCCUUUGGUUCAGAAUGUCACGGUGACAGAGGGUGGGAUCGCCAACAUGACUUGCCGGGUGGAGUACAACGACAACACCUCCCUCCAGUGGUCUAACCCAGCACAGCAGACCCUCUUCUUUGGCGACAAGAAAGCUCUGAGGGACAACAGGAUCGAGCUGAUCCGCGCGUCAUAUUCGGAGUUGACCAUCAGCAUCAGCGAUGUCACACUGUCAGACGAGGGCAUGUACACCUGUUCUCUUUUCACCAUGCCUGUCAGAACGGCCAAAGCUUACCUGACAGUUCUCGGUGUGCCGGAGAAGCCUGAGAUUGACGGCUUUAGCAAGCCUGCCUUGGAGGGAGACCAUAUCACUCUGACCUGCAUGACUCAUGGCAGCAAGCCUGCCGCCGACCUGCGCUGGUUCAGGAAUGAAAAGGAGGUCAAAGGCGCCAAGGUGGUGAACGCCAGCGGGAAGACUUUCACCGUGCGGAGCUCACUGCAGCUGCGCGUGGACAGGAACGACGACGGUGUGCCAUACACUUGCAGAGUGGACCACGAGGCGCUGGAGCAGGCGCCACAGCAAGCCACUGAAGUCUUGGAGGUCCACUAUGCUCCUCAAGUGAAGAUAGUUCCCUCUGCUGGUGUCCCCCAGGAGGGUCAAUACUUAAAGCUGGAGUGUAUGUCCCGAGGAAACCCAUCCCCGGAUCCAGUGAUGUGGACCAAAGAUGGAGUGGAACUUUCCGACCUUGGCAGGGUGAUGGUGGAGGGACGUGAGCUGACCUUUACGUUGCUGAACAAGACGGACAACGGCACCUACCGCUGCGAAGCCAGCAACCACCUCGGGACCAGCAGUGCUGAAUACGUACUCUACGUGUAUGAAGCCCCCACCACCUUGCCUCCAUCCACUACACCCCACUUUCAUCCCAUCCCCCCAGACUCCACCGCUCUAGUCGGCACCCAUGCCUCAGACCCCACAGUAACCGGAAACGGAGAUCCCAAUGCUUUGGGCCACCACGGCACAGACCAUGCCUUGAUCGGAGGAGUGGUGGCAGUGGUGGUCUUCGUCACCUUGUGUUUAAUCAUAGUACUGGGAAGAUACCUGGCCAGGCAUAAAGGGACGUAUUUGACAAAUGAGGCCAAAGGCGCAGACGACGCACCUGACGCCGACACGGCCAUCAUCAACGCCGAGGGCAACCACGCGCACGCCGAGGAAAAGAAGGAGUACUUCAUCUAGACUGUAGAGGGCGCCACCCUUGUCAUCUCUGUCCUCUGUGUCUUUUUCUUCUCCAACCUGCAAUGAGGCGGCGCACAGGCAGAGAGGAUCAUCCUCCCACAGUGUUUGCCCUCUUAUUUUGGCAUCUGUGUCACACUUCCUUGUUUUUGUUUUGUUUUGGCAGCCCGUUUUUUUUGUUUGUUUUGUUUUUUUUGCAGGCAUUGCUGCUGAAGUUGACAACAUUUUUGCCCUCUGUAAAUCUACCAUGACUACUCACACCUUUAAAGGUUCCAACCAGACACCCGAAUACACCACCACCACCACCCAUCCCACUCCCUUUGGCUCACACACGCCCACACAAUCACAUAUCUCACAUCAACACGGUGCCUAAAAAUACAGACGCCAUUGAACUUGUCAAUGCCUUCAUGUAUCAGUCAGUAGCAAUGUAAAUGCUUUUGUAGAUGGUCACCCUGGAUGGACCAUCACUUCACUGCUUAGCUCACAGCAUUGUGUCUUUGUUCUUAUUUGAAUGAUGGAUCUGUGUUAUUUACGCCUUAUACAUAUCUACCACACUGAAUAAUGGUACUUCUUAUACCAUCCACUCCCCCUCCUUCUUGAAAUAGACUUGUAAUUAAACCGUGGAGCUAUGUAAGAUAAGAGGAAGGCUUUGUGUGACACUCGUGUAGCAAGCUCGGUCACAUGUGAGGUAUGUCAGAAAAGUUCCAGGACUGUGGAUGCUGAUCAUAUUGUCUCCGAUGUGAGGGGUGAGUUCUUGCCACAGGGCCGGACCAUCGACCAGCAUGUCUACAAAGAGACCCUGGGGCAUUUGAUGGUUCAGUGUGUGCCCUGACCAUCCGACAGUCCCUAACCGUGAAGAACAUCGCCAUGCUGGAGCCACCUCCCUACUCACCCAACUCACUCCGUGUGAUUUUGAUGUCUUUGUGGGUCGUGCGUUAGAAUCCAGCGAGAUUGCAGUACGGGGGGUAGUACUUGGUUUGUAGUUUGCAUUAGAAAUACAUCUUUCGUGGCACCAGUCCUGGACCUUCCCUGACACACCUCAUUAGUGUAUAGUUAGAAAAGUGGAGGUGUAGUGUGCUACUGUUUAGAACUGAGAAUACACACCAAAAAUAUAUCGAAUGAUGCUAGAUGAGACGUUUCAUCCGUGGAGAAGAAUAGAAAAGCAUUUUCUAAAUCUGCUAUACCAAUCUACUUUUUAUGUGUAUAUUAUUCUUGCACUGGCCCGUCUAAGCGUUCCUCUUACAACAGUUUGUUUUCCAUACGAUGGCUUCAGGUCCAGUAGAUGUAUAAAUUGUAUUAAAGUUAGUACAUUCAUUUAUGUCAUAAUGGAAAAACAAAUCCCCUGAAAUGUUAAAUUAGGGACUAUAUGUCGAAAAAGAGUGCAUUAGUUACAUGUACAGGGAUUUUGUGAUAAAUGCAUUUUCUUUCUGUAAAUUGUUUUGAUGUAUGCUUCAAAGAGCGGGUGUAUAGUUUGUAUUGGCCCAAAUGAACCAAUCAUGCUCACAUUCUAUAGUAGAACAGGUAGAAGAAGUUUGCACUUGUGUGUUCAAAUGUGACUAUUAACGUCAGGGAGUUCAUACAGGUCAUUAUACCUGUACUCCCUGCACCCGUAUGAAGUCUGUGUGAAGGUCAUACAGGGUCAGUGACCUGUGUGAACAUUUUGGCAGAGUUCAUGUUGGUGCUGCAACUGUAUGAACCACAUCCACAUUGGUCACUGUACCUAUAUAUAUUAAAAUGUAUUUAUAAUUUAAAUAUACACAUGUGCAUGGAGCUAUUAAGAUGCUAUUACAUGUGGUGGAUUUCAUACAACAUCAGCGGACUGUAUGAAAUCUACGCACAUUUAGUGGAGUUUAUAUAGGUGACUAUAUUAUGGAUGAAUUCCAUCCCCACGAAGAGGGGAUCAUACAGGUCACUGUGCUCUAGAUGAACUCCAUGCACAUUUUCUGGAAUUCACACAGAUGUAGUGACUUAUAUUAACCUUGUAUAAUGUAUGGAGUUCAUACAGAUCACAUGCACUUUGGUCAGUCAGUGUAUGAACUCCAUUCACAUGUAUUGGAGUUCAUACAGGUCACUGCACCCUAGAUGAACUUCAUGUACAUGUGCUGGAGUUCAUAUGGAUGUCGUGACCUACGUAUAUAAACCUGGAGUUCAUACAGGUCACUCUGUGUAUGAACUCCAUGCGAAUGUAGUGGAGUUCAUACAUCAGUCAGUGUAUGAACUCCAUUCACAUGUAUUGGAGUUCAUACAGGUCACUGCACUCUAGAUGAAGUUCAUGCACAUGUGCUGGAGUUCAUAUGGAUGUAGUGACCUAUAUGAACCUGGAGUUCAUACAGGUCACUCUGUGUAUGAACUCCAUGCGAAUGUAGUGGACUUAAUACAGGUCACUGCACUAUGGAUGAACUUCAUGCACAUUUGCUGGAGUUCAUACAGAUGUAGUGACCUAUAUGAACCUGGAUUUGGGCAAACUCUUACAAGGUCAGUAGGUGUAUGUACUCCACAUACAUCUGGUGGAGUUCUUACAGCUCACGGUACCUGCAGGUACUCCAUGCACGUUGUGGACUUCACACAAGUGUAACUUAUGUGGACUCUGUGCCGUUGAUGAAAGUCAUACAUGCCACUGGGUGUAUGAACUCCAUCUAUAGCAUGUGUGCUGAAGUCCAUAAGAAUGCAGUGAACUCAGUGUGCAUUUGGUGGUGUUCAUUCAGGUGAACAUCCAAAAGUGGUGAAACUCUUAUAUGAUAGCAGAUGUAUGAACUCCAUCCGCCUGUAUGAGCUCCAUGCACAUUUGGUGGAUUCCAUAACGAUGCAUUCAAUGUGGAUUUGGUGGAGUUCAUACAGGUCACAUCCACAUGUGGUGAAACUUUUACAUGCCAGGAUGUGUAUGAACUCCAUCCACCUGUAUGUGCUCUAUGCACAUGGGUACAGUUAACUGAAUGCGCAUUUGGUGGAAUUUAUACAAUGAGUGAAACUUACCAGUUUAGGAAAUGUAUGAACUCCAUCCGAAUGUAUAAGGUCCAUGUAUAUGUUUUGGUGGUCAUACAGGUACCGUGAUAUCGGUAUCAACAAGAUGCUCGUUUGAUGGAGUUCAUGCAGUUCAUGUUAAAUAUUCAUAUUUGAACAUAGCAAAACCCAAACGGUGAAGUGGUUUGCAUUGCUUUUCAUAUGAAACUUUUUCAUAAUAAUGUUAUGCAAUUAGUAAAAACACUUCAUUUUGCUGCCAUUAUUAAGCAGUGUGCCGCUAACAGCGUCCAAUCUUCCCAGUGAUAAACAAGAAGGACAAACCGAAAAGAAAAAAGCACAAGUAGAUGAUUGAGUCAGUGUGUUCCAUUGCUAACAACUCAUUUGUCUUGGGGAUGCUUCUUUUGUUCAAAUCAACUGUGGGGGAACAUGACAACUAUUUGCUUCAAAUAUGACAAAAAAAAGACUAAGAAACGUGGUUUCAAACUCCCUGCUGUGUAUUGUGUCUGCUGAAAACGUGGUUGAUUGUGAAAAUUGCUAUUGAAUUCCAGCUCCCCUGAAAUCUUUUGAAUUUGUAUAUUAGCACAUUUAUAGCGUUUUUAUUAUUAUCAUUAUUCUUAUUUUAAUUUGCCAUUGCAUAAACGUUAGCCAUCUUUUACAUUUAAUUUUGGCACAAACCAUGUAAAUAAUGUAUGAGGAAACUAAAGUUGGUAAAAA